CUCUCAUUUCGCGGUCUUCCAAAAUUCUCGAACGUCCAUAGCACCUUGUAAACACGGCCGUUUAUCGUUAGACCUUUUGCUUUAUUGCGAACGCGGCCCAAUUACUACAUCUGACGGUCAACCCGUCAGGGUUGUCAGAUUUCACGCAAUUUCGCGGUCUUACAGUCAUCUGCAACCCAAUACCGCAAGAAAAUGGCGCAUGCGGUGGUUUUCAGUGCCCUGAGUCUACCUGCGGUGUCGGCGUCACCGUCAGCAAAAUGUAUUCAAUGGACUGGCGACGGGCAACUGUUGUUGUUGACCAAAUCAGCCGUGUAUAUAUUGACCCCUGAUAUAGGCAUCAAGGCAGAGAAAUCGGUUCGGACACAGGAUCUGGCCGACGCGGAGCAUGCGCAGAGAAGUUUAAGAUCCAUGAGCUGGUCGAGGACCAUGGUCGCAUUUGAUAAGACACUCGUUCAUCACUGGCCUGCCGAUUGCCAAGAUUGGGGAGCGGUGUCUUUAGGUUCUCUCGAUCCAGUGCUGCGGGCCGUUUCUCCCUCUCCUAGCAAUCUAACAGCCGAUGCAGGAUGUCUCCUUGCUGUGCUCAACUCUAAUAUGGAACUAGCCUUAUGGGGACCGGUGAAGAAUUUUCUUAGAGGAGAAUGGGCAAAGCUCUUAGAUAUCACCGUUGAGCUGAAAGUUCAAAUCAGUGCCACUGAUGCGCCCACUCUUAAUCAGACGCUUGAGGCACAAACUACCUGCAUUGAAUGGUCAUCGCAAGCCGAUUUCGGAUUCAGGCCCGCACAGCAACUCGACGGAUCCCUGCUUGCUGUCGGAAAUAAAGCCGGAUGCGUCACACUUCUCAGAUUUGGUGGUAAGAAAGGGACGUGGACGGUCCGACGCAUGGCUACAUUCACGCUUAGUGAUAGAUGGAUAACUCAUGUGGCAUGGUCAACUUGGAAACCAUCCCAAAACGGCGCAUGUGAAGCUUCGCUUGCAUGUGGUACCUCUGAUGGGUCCGUGUUUCUCGUCCGAGUUGCGCAGGUGCUACGAGCUAGUCCGACAACUUCCGAGCCACCGCCUGAGUUUGAUAUGAACGUAAUAUCAGACUUCCAGGACGUCAAAGUGUGUGAGAGCGACCACCGCAGUAUCACUGCUUUGAAAUGGGUCAAUAUAGCCAAUAGCCACGCGGUGUUAGUAUGUUCUAAGCCUGGUCUCGUUCAUAUUUGGGUAUCUCCAUCGUCAGACUGUACCUGGUCUGGCUUGCAAACGUUCCCAUUUGUCAACCAGAAACUCUCAGUUGGCGCUUCCGCCAUAUGUGUAGUCUCCGGUGUAACCUAUAUUCCGAAAGAAGACGCCCUGGUGCUUUGCCUUACGGAUGGAUCAUUCUAUGUCGUACAUUCAGUGUCAACGGCUCCGACGUCGGUGCCCACUCCCUGUCCCGGAUUUUCCUCACGCGCGCUCUCACUCGCUGCGCGGAAAAUAUUCGUGGAUGUCGAACCAGAUGAAGUAUCGUUCAAGGAUGUAAACCGCAUCUUCGGCAUGUCAAGCUAUGAUGACCUCGGCACGUUUGUAUGGCUUCACGAGGCUUCCCAGCCCACAGAUUUCAGCUACAAGCACGAUGCAAGGCACAUAAGCAUGUUCGUAGCAGCACGACUGUCGGAAGGCAGCUCGGAUGAAGAGCUUCUUACCGAUAUUCAAGCACGCAUUCUCUCGGCGAGGACGUUUUCCGGCGAAGCUCCCAACGCGCGGCUCCGGCCCGUUCUGCUACACCUCACGGACUCGGAAAGGCUAUCACGCUUGGCAGAACGCCUCGUACAAGUACUCCAGUCCUCCCGUCGGCCUCCACUCGACGCAUCGAGUGAACUUCAAUCAUUCCCAGGAGGGUUGACAGAACAAAUGCGAAGUGCCUUCCGAGACAGCUUAUCCAAACACAUCUUCGGCUCAGACGCUCUUCUGUCAGAAAGGAUGAUUUAUUAUGUAGCAAUGUUCUGUGAACAUCACGCAACGGAUCCUAUUGCGAGAGAGGCUUCCUCGCGCGUAUCAGAAGAAUCAUGUGCAACUAUUCAAAUCUACGUUAUGCGAACGCUGAUGAGGCACAUCAGCUCUGUUGUCGACGCAUUAACGCCUGAAGACGUCUCGUUUGCUCAAAGAGCUGCUUUCCAAAUGAUGCAGCCUGGGCCAUCAAUUUCGCUUUUAGAAGAGGCGCAACAACUACUGACAAGGCUCAAGGCUGUUAGUCCACAUGAUGGCGAGAUCGACACUGCCGAACUUUGCCCUGCUUGCCAUGCACAAGUACCUCUGCAGGACAGCUCCUCCGCAGAAUGUGCGAAUGGCCACACCUGGGUCAGGUGUUCCAUCACUUCAUAUAUCCUCGCCACGCCGAUGGUCCGAACCUGCGUAGGCUGCGGUCGAAAGGCGUUCCUGCCUCUCUCACAAACCACCACUGGCCAGAAUUGGGUCCCUGCUGCUGUUCGAGACAGUUGGCUGGCUGCGGACGUUUUAGAUGCCACCAGGAGAUGUCUUACCUGUGGAAGUAAUUUCGUAACGCUCGUCUGAUCCUAUUGUCGUCGCAUCCUCCAUAAGUGACAUCUUCGCAAAGCCCACCCUCUCACAAAGAGAGUAAUGCCAACUGUUGUGAGAUUCAGAG